AUGCCCAACGAUUUGCGCCUUUUUGUUUACGGCUCCAAUUAUGAUCCAGCGGCAGUAUUACCCUCGGCACGCCAACGUUUUGCGAGGGAAACGCUAAACUUCCGAAACCGCGAGCGGCUCCCGCGAGCAGCGCGAACCAGGAUUUACAAAGAAAAGAAACGAUUCAUUUCCUUCUCCCUGUCCCGCCUCCCCCCUGCUUUUCGUGGGCGAAUUUCGCCCGAAUUAAAAGAUCCGGGGCUGAGACUGAGAACGGCGCUUCCCUUGGAUGGUGGAGGGCUGAACGAGAUUCGAGUGGCUGCAGGGAGAGAGGCGAGGGAUACCGAGCGUCUCUACACAGUUGUGUUUGAGGAGAUCUGUAUGCGUUUUGGAAAGACCUAUACCUGGGAUGUGAAAUCCUUGGUCAUGGGUAAAAAAGCCCUAGAAGGAGCACAGAUUAUUCGAGAUGUUCUAGAUCUUCCAAUAACCGCAGAAGAGUUAUUACAUGAAAGUAAAAUGAAGCAGGAGAAGAUAUUCUCUACCGCUAAACUGAUGCCAGGGGUUGAUAAGCUGAUCCGUCAUUUACACAAACACAGCAUACCCAUAGCUGUUGCCACAAGCUCAGCUGAAGUGACAUUUCAGAUUAAAACAGCCAGCCACAAAGAAUUCUUUGGUCUUUUUCAUCAUAUUGUGUUGGGAGAUGACCCCGAGGUGAAGCGUGGCAAGCCACAGCCUGAUGCAUUUCUAGUUUGUGCAAAGAGAUUUCAACCUCCUGCACCUCCAGAGAAGAUUCAGCAACACUUUCUGGGAUGGAAACAAUUGGAGAAAACAAUAGGAAAACAGUGUCUUGUGUUUGAAGAUGCACCACUUGGAGUCAAAGGAGCCCUGGCAGCAGGAAUGCAAGUGGUUAUGAUUCCAGAUGAAAAAUUACAUCCAGAUCUUAAAAAGGACGCAACACUACUGCUGAACUCCAUGGAAGAUUUCAAACCAGAACUGUUUGGUUUACCAGCGUAUGAUUAAUGCCUAAUGUCUGUGAACAUGCACUUGAUGGGAAAUUGGGAAAGUGGAAUGAAAUUCUGUUAUGAUUUUAUGAUUGUUUUGCAUCUUUUCCUCUCUUCCUCAAAACUAAAGCACAAAAAUUCUGUUAACACCAAGUCUUCCACACAGUACCUUUGAAAGAUGACUAGAAUGUUUAUGAUUUGUCUCAUGAUAAAUGGUAAAUUAAAGCAGCAUUUCAUCUUGUGAAGUGAAUCCA